CUGCCAACUUCCUUCGGACUCUCCUCUCCAACUGCGCUUCUAAAGUUCUAGGUUUCCCCAAACCCUUGUGUAUCUCAACACUGGGCAAGGAGUCCUUGUAUAAACAGUCCCCGCGCCGCACCCCAGAGGCAGCCACAUCUCAGCACUGGGGAGAGGUCUCUGUGUAAACAGCCCCAUGACCCAGGCCAAAUUCAGCUGCGUCUCAGCUCUUCGAAGGACGGUGUCUAUGGUGGGCCGUGGAAUCCAGCUGCUUCUCCUGAUCCAGGCGAUGACCCGGGUCCCAUCAAACAGGAUUCCCCAGACUCAGUGACUCGGGACCUGGGAGACAUUUGAGGGACUGAGAGACAGAGAAUAAAAGAGACUCUAGAGGGGAAGGAUCCCUGGUCCCACUUCUACUCCCCAGAACCAACCAGUGUCGCACCCUGGAGCAGAUUGGAGCCAGGACCCUCUACAGGGGAAAGGCCCCGUGCCCCAAUCCCUUGAUCCCCAGCCAGUCCCCCUGUGGUGGGGCCGGAAGCAAGCUGUUCCUGGGAGCAGGCCUCUGUCUGUGACAAUCUCCUGCUUGUGUCAAUGGCACCGAGAUCUCCAGCCACUGGAACCGGCUUCUGCAAGACAUUCUAGGGCCAGAUUCACACCCUGACUUCCCCUUCCUGUACUGAAAUCUCACAUCUCGCCACAGCCCACGCCCUGACACUCACGCCUGCUCCGUCCCAGGCAGAUCUUCACACGCACCCGGCUCUUCAAAUUGGAGUCAGGAUUCGCUAGCUGUCCUAACCGGGCACCUGCUGUUCCAGUGCGCUGUUCCCAGACACCCCACCCGGAGGCAGAUGCAUCUCAGCUCCGGGUGAGCAACCUCUGGGCAGAGUCGCUGUGUGGCUGUUCCCCAGCUGCCCCACCUGGAGGUGGCUGCAUCUCAACUCGGGGUCUGUCCCAGCCAGACGCCCCAGCCAUGGGCAGAGCCCUUCUGCCACAGCAGGAUGCCGGGGAAAGGGAGCUCCCACCUCAGGGCCCCCUCUGGAGAGCAGGGGGUCCUGCCAUGCUGAGGGUCCUGAUCCUCGCCCUGCUCUGGAGGGGGUCCCUGUCCCAGCCACCUGGAUUUACCCUGGCAGUGCCGCAGUCAGUGUCCGUGCAGGAGGGUCUCUGCGUUCUCGUCCCCUGCACCUUCACGUACCCAGCCUUGUAUGACACUGACAAUCCCUCGGCCCAGCUAUCCGGACACUGGUACAAGGAGCCUGCUACUGUGGGCCAGGAUCCUCCCGUGGCCAGCAAUGUCCCCAGCGGGGGGGUGUCACAGGAGACCCAGGGCCGGUUCCGGCUGACGGGGGAUCUAGCACACGGCGACUGCUCCCUGCAAAUCAGUGAUGCCCGACGGACGGAUGCAGGGAGAUAUUUCCUUAGCAUCGAGAAAGGCAUGUUAGAUCACACUUACCGCUCCAAUUCCGAUGGCACUGACCCUGUGCUCACGAUCUCCGUGCCAGAGUUGACGGAGGAGCCAGAGAUCCAGAUCUCGCCGGCGCAGGGGCUGCCAGGGACGUUGCUGACCAGGGAGCCGGUGACUAUGACCUGCACAGCCCCUGGGCGCUGCUCCGGGUCCCCUCCCCAAGUCACCUGGACGGGGCCGUUCAGCGACACAGCCCGGAACAUCUCAGCCCAGCUGGCGAACGGCACCUGGGCCCACAGGUCCACGCUCAGCUUCACUCCCACCCCGGGGGACCACGGCAAAGAGCUCAUCUGCACCGUCACCUACAGCCCACCACGGGGACCUUCCACCAGCAGAACCAUCCGGCUCCAUGUCAUCUGUGGCCUCCCUCGGGCAUUUAUCGAAAUUAGCUGCAAACUCAUCUUCAUGGUGACUGGAUUCUUCCUGGCCUAUUAACUCACCCUGCUCUAUUAAAGAUGGAGACCCUGCUGCUGUCGUGGAAGAAGAAGGACGGACUGGUGGGGAGCCUGGGAAUCCAUGGUGCCUGACUCACCUACCCACUGAUCUACCCACCUACCUACAAACUUACCAUCCUACUCACUCACUCACACACCCACCAUCCCACCUAACUACCUACCUAUGUACCCACUGACCCACCCAUCUACCUACUACCCCGCAUUGCUACCAACCCACUGACCCAACCACCCACUGACCUACACACCUACUGAUCUACCAACCUACAUACCUCCUAUCUAUCUAACCACUUACCCAACUAAUUACCUAACCACCCACCUAUGUACCUAUCUACCCACCUACCACCCAGCCUAGCUACCUACUCACACACCCAUCUACCUACUCACCUACAAUCUCACCCACCCACACAUCAUCUAUCUGUCUAUCUAUCCCGACUGCCAGCCACUUACAUACCCCAGAAUCUCUCUCUCAGGACACUCUGCUGCUCUCAUGGAAGCAGAAGGAAGGACAGCCCGGGAGCCAGGGAAUCCACCCUGCCCAAGUCCAGCGUGUAGAUCAGGCUGUUCUUCAGCCACCGAAGAGCCGAUAAGGAAUUAGAAACUCAAAGGACUCAGGAAACAGAGAAUGAGAGCUCAGCUGGGGGGCUGCCACCCCGGGUGAGGCCAAUGGGCCCCGUUGCCUCCCACAGUGUUUAAUUUCUAUUGAAAGAGAUGCCGGAGCUCAUCUGUGGCUCAAAUUAAGCCCUGGCAGGGCGGCCUGAUACUGGCGGGCGCUGGCCGGGCACCCAGCUCUGAAGGCAACUCCACCGCCAGCAGCAGCGCAGAAAUCAGGGGGGCCUGGCACAUGGUGUAUUGCCACCUUUCUGCACUGCUGCUAGGGCUUGUGGUGCCUGAUGCUCGGCAUGUGGCUCAAGGCUUCGCGCUGUCACACGUGGGCUGCAUCUCGCCAGAGCCCACGGCCUCCUGCAGCCCUCUGGCCACUCCUGGCUCACCCAGGGCAGGGGAACCAGUUCAGAUUUGGGGCGGGGGGAGGAAAAUUUAACCAUGAUUCCAGGGACUACUUAGGCACCUGAAAACUCUUUGGGAUUUGCAGAUAAGAACUUAGCGAUUAGUUGACAGGAGCUCUGUAUCUAAUUGUUAUAUAAAGAAAGAAAAAACACAUAGAAAUGACAAUUAAAGACAUGUUUAAAAUUUAUAUCUAUAUUUAGAGGAGAUAAUACAGCAAGAUAUACCCAAUCCCAAGCCUUGAGGUAUCAAUUCUGGGGAUUUAACUCAGGUAUCAGAAAUACACGAUAAUUCACACACUAUCUUUAGUAGAGAGAAAUAAAAAUAAAUAAUAUCUGCUUACACAGAUGCACUGUUCCUGCCAUUAUCUCCUCUAUUUUACUCAAUGGUUUUUCUCUUAAAACAUAAUUUUAACAUAUGUGAUUGUGGUAUUUUUCCCUCUUUUAUUAAGAAAGGGAAUUCAUUUUUCUAAUUAUGGUUGCAUUUAUGUUUACUGACCACAAUCAUGUAUGUGACUCACUAACAUUUGACUCCAUCAUUGCUAUUGGUAUCAUAGUUGGAACUGCAGUUAUUUUCAUGCAAAUUUUAAGUUAAUUUACAGAUAUAACUAAAAAUACAAUUGGAAAAUGUGACCUUCAUUUGCGCAGUGUCUCUAGUUCUGUGUUUAGCUAGUGUUUUUGAAACUGGCAUCACUAAAGUGAGUACAAGCUACAGUUACAUUCUAGGAGAAUAUUAUAAUUUGAUUGUGCCACUUUACAUAAUGAAUGUCAAAGCACAAUAUGAUAAUAACAGUAAUAAUGCUCAUUACUCCGGCCAGGACAGAUUAGGCAGCUUAGAACUCACUACUCAAAGAAUUCAAUGUAAGCACAAGAGAGAAAUAGCAACAGAGGGUCCUGUGGCACCUUUAAGACUAACAGAAUCCCUGUCUAUCAGGGAUGGUCUAGACGGUAUUUGGUCCUGCCAUGUGGGCAGGGGACUGGACUCGAUGACCUCUCGAGGUCCCUUCCAGUCCUAGAAUCUAUGAAUCUAUAAGAAUUAUUGGGAGCAUAAGCUUUCGUGGGUAAGAACCUCACUUCUUCAGAUGCAAGACUUGCCCAUGAAAGCUUAUGCUCCCAAUACUUCUGUUAGUCUUAAAGGUGCCACAGGACCCUCUGUUGCUUUUUACAGAUUCAGACUAACACGGCUACCCCUCUGCUAAGAGAGAAAUAAAAUUAUGAAAUGUAGAGACCAGUCAAAAACUCGUAUAACACCACUUUGAAAGAAUAAAAUUACAGAGCAUCUAUGUGCAUUGUAGGAAGUAACAACAAGUAACAACAGCAAUAUAAGUAUGUGUUGGGUGGGGUGAGUGUGAAAGAGACAGUGUGUGUGACCUGCGGGUGUGUGUGAGCUGGGGGAGUGUGUGCGAGACCGCAUGCUGCCCCUUUAAGAGAGCAGCUCUUAGCAGUCUCAAGGAAAGCUCCUUCAGACACAGCAGCAGCCAUCAGCAGCUCCGCCGCACUCUCGGUGAGCCCUGUCCCCCCACCCCACCUGCUCUGCGGAGAUGGGGUACAUGGGGGGGCAGGGGACAGCCUGACAUCAGAGCCCCUCCCCCCUGCUCCUUAAAGCAGACAGGAAGCUCCCAGGAACAGCUGGCCAGGGGCAGCUCCAAGGCAGGGGGCAGGAGCUGCGGGGCUUCAGAUGCCAGCAGGGGGGCACCCCUGCUCCGGAGGCGCCCCUGUGAUGUUACACUCCAUCAUGCUUUAUAAAAAUAUGUGUAUAAGUGUGAAUAUAAUGUAACUGGAUUAUUCUUUAUGCAAAAGGUCUCUUGUAAAGUAUCAUUACAAAGUUUAUAAUCUACAUUAUAAAUUUAUCAUC